AUGAUAUCUAGAGAGAAGAAAGUAUGUAUAGGAGCUGUAGCUGGUUUGGUAACAGCUAUAAUAGGUGUUGUUUUAAUACCAGUUGUUGAUUAUAUUGUUAAAGAACAAGUUAAAGAGAAAGUGACCCUAGUCAAUGGAAGUUAUCUGUAUGAUGUAUGGAAGGAACCUCCUAUGCCGAUAUACCUACAAGUUUACAUGUUUAAUCUCACCAAUCCUAAAGAAGUAAAGAAAGGACAAAAACCAUAUGUUGUUGAAAAGGGCCCAUAUACUUAUAGAGAAGAAAGAAUCAAAUUUGAUAUAGUGUUUAAUGAUAAUGGUACAGUAUCAUAUCGUCAAAAACGAUUGUUUACGUUCAUCAGAGAAAUGUCAGUAGGAGAUGAUGAGGUGGAUAUGAUUACUACUGUUAACCCAGCUUUAUUGGCAUUAAUUGAAGGUAUUGGUAUAUUUGGAGAAUUUGUAAAGAAAAUUAUUGUUAAUAUAGUUGGAGCACAGGAAGAUAUAUUUAUAACCCGUACCAUCAAGGAAUUAGUAUGGGGUUAUGUAGAUCCUUCAUUAAAACUAGCACAUUCCUUACUACCAUUUCUCAUCUAUACAGACUUUAUAGGUUAUUUUAUGAAUAAAAACAAUACUGAUGAUGGGGUCUAUACUGUAUACACUGGUAAACAUAAUAUAGAUUUACUGGGAACUAUAGAUAGAUACAAUGGAUCCAAGUAUUUAAACUUUUGGAGCACACCCUGGGCUAAUUUAAUUAAUGGCUCUGAUGGAACAAUCAAUAAGCCAUUUCUGGAAGACCAAAAAUAUCUAUAUUUCUUUUCUUCUGAUAUUUGUAGAGCAGCAUAUGGCGAAUAUACAUCUAAUACUAAAACUAAACAUGGUAUCAAACUACAUCGAUAUACUGGCACUGCUACAGAAUUAGCCAACAAGACAAUAAACCCUGACAAUGCAGGAUUCUGUACCAAACGAUCAGGAUGCCUUGGAACUGGACUGUUAGAUCUCAGUAUCUGUACUAAUGUGGAUCAUUUCCCAAUCCCUACUGUCAUGUCAUUCCCACAUUUUUAUAUGGCUGAUGAGAAGUUUAUACAAGGUGUUUAUGGAAUGAGUCCUAGUAAAGAUAAACAUGAAACAACAGUAGAUGUUGAUCCAAUAACUGGAUUGUUAUUACAAGCAUCUAAAAAGUUACAGAUUAAUAUGCAUAUAGUUAAUAACACUGAUGUCUUAGUAUCAAAAGGAAUUAAGGAAGUUUUUUUGCCUGUUCUGUGGUUAGAUGAGAAUAUGGUAAUUGAUGAUAAGAAUGCUGAUAAGAUAAACAACAUGUUAUUUUUACCAAUGUAUAUAGCCCAGGUGGUAGAAAUAACAUUGAUAGCUGGUGGGUCUCUAAUCUUCCUCUUCUCAUUAUUCCUGGCACAACGAUUCCAUUAUUUAAAGAAGAAAGCAGUAAGUCAGAGUCAAGAUAGAAAACCACUAUUAAAUAAAGAUUUAGUUCAUGACUCUUAUUCUAAUUCUUGCCUGUCUACAUAA